UGCAAAGCACAAUAAUAAUACUUCGAAGUAUUACCAGCUCGACAUGCACAAGCAUCCAGUACUCCUGACGUUGUCAAUUAGCUCCAUCUAGAGAUUUAGCCACGGUGAAGUUGGAUCGUCAUGACGACUCCUCAUGCUGGUCAGGCCAUAUAUGCCUAGUCAUCAAGGACGGGUGGCGUGAUGUCACCACGAAUACCAUCAUUUCAACUUGAACCAAUUUCGGCCCUGGCCCACAAGAGGGUACUGUGACGGCGCAGUCGGCGCGGGCAGUUCCUUGGUUGUCUGGUAGAACAACAUGGCCUCCUGGAACUGCGCCAGUCGUUCGUACUUGUCGCCGCGCUUCCAUCGUUCCGCAGCUUCCAUGAACACGUCGAACAUGGCGGUCUCGGGCUCUUCGUGCGUUGCGGGCAUCUUGACAAAACCGUCCAGAUUUCGCUUCCUUGAGAAACUUCGCUUGGCCGACGCAGCGACCUCAACGUCGUGCUGGACGCGCACGCGGUCGACUUCCUCAGACACGUCCAAAUGUUGGUCGGGCUUGAUGAGAGGGUUAUGUCGUUGCUGAAACAUGUACACGGUGGGAGGCGGGCGGGGCGCAGAAUACUCCAUGUGGUUCUGCAUUGUCAAACGUUGCUUGGGGCAGAUGGGGUACACGCCUUCAUGCACGUCAAGCUGAUGCACCACGAGCAACUCGUUGCUGGGAAACUGAAGGCGACAGCGCUUGGAACCAUUCAGCAUGGGACAUUCAAAUGUAUCAGGAAGUUCAGUCAUGCGAGGCCGGGCGUAGAUGCACCGAGGACACUUGCACCUCCACUCCGUGACGCGUUGUUCCAGCCAUGUGACGGUUGCCGACUCCUCCUCCUGCUGGUCAGCUGUCUGCGAUUCCACUCCUGUGAUUGAUAGCUCUGUCUCGUCCUCAACCGACGCCUGUGCGGCAGCCACGUCCGCGUCGCUGUUGUUGUCGUUGUCGAAUUCCAUUUUGUGCUCGAAUUAUUUUUUGAAGUUGUGAGUGAUUUCAUUGGUCAAUAGCGCGCCAUUCCCACAAUCAGCAUGCCCAAGAAGGAGGCUACCGCGGCGGCGGCACCCACAGCCGAUCCAGCCUCGAAUGAACAUGGGCUUCAGUUCACAGCUACAUCCUCCAGCUUCUCGUCGGAGCAUCUCCCUGGCGCGCCUAUCCUGCCAGGUUGCGUGCACUGGUCGGCGGACUGCAAGCUAGCGUGCGUCACGGACGAGAACAUCAUGAUAUCAACGUACUUGAACAAGGACCUCAGUCGGUUUUUGCUGCAUCCACCCUUCCUCACACGCUACUUUCUUCCGCUGCCUGCCAAGGACACGAACGUUCCGGAGCCACCGACGCUGGACGGCGUGCAUGAGGACGGACUGGAUGCGCACGGCACCACGACCUAUCGCAUCCUAAACGAGCAGGCAAGGAAACAAUCAUCGAAUCCACGGGAAAUCUCCCUGACCAAAGGCGAGGCCAGCAUGACGUUCACCGCGGCGGUGUGGGGUCCUCGAGGUUGGUACCUACCUGUCCAUUCCAUCGUUCAAUGUCAUUCUCAUGUGGUCACCUACCUGUAGGCUCUGCGCCCAACAUGUCGUGUGCCAUCGCGACCUUGACGUCCAGCGGACAGGUGGGCGUGUACUACCCAUCCACAUUGGACUUGCAAUGGAAGGAAGUGGUGUCAGUGUCGAGUCUCUUGAAGCGCCACGUAGCCGCCAACUCGUGGUCGCACGUCACCGCGGCCAUCGAGGCGCACAACGCGACAGACUUGCUCUUCACAGUGCCGUUGCCGCGCUUUCCCCAGCAGCAAAAGAACAAAGCCAGCAUCAACGCCGCGUUCGACGCCAAGCGACAGAAACUGUCCGCGUCGUUCGUCGACAAGGUGGAACUGCAGUCGGUUACCACGUUGGCGUGGUCCACUGCAACCUACGACCCGACGACGGGAGCCAGCAUGUCUUACGUGGCGCUCUGUGGGAAGAGACUCUCGACGGUGUGGCGGUACGAGCACAACUACGCUGGGACCGACGGGUUGUUCACAUCCCGUUUGGAUGAAUCGCCGGUGGCCACGGCCGUGACGGGCGUGUAUGGCUGGCCCACAUGCAGCGCUUGGAUGCUCAUGGAAACCGACGCGAUCGUCGUCGGCACAUCGAGCGGAAACGUCCUCAUGAUGCGCUUGACCCGCCAAGAGGGCAGCGGCGGCAGGAUGGCGCUGGAGGUGGAGCGCGUACUGCGGACGCCGCAGUUGCAGCCAGUGUACGCGCUUCACUACUCACUCAGUCGCGUCUGUGUGGCAGCUGGCAACACGAUCACCGUGUGGCCAAUUGGAGGGGAUGAAGGGGCUCCGCUGACGUGGCAGGCCCACAGCCACAACAUUUCAUGCCUGGACGUGGAUCACUGUGACGACCACGUGCUCUUCUCAAGCUCAUCCGACGGAUGUGUCAAGUGCUGGGACGUUCGAACUGGCGACGCCAUUCCCAUUGACUACUUGCCAGCCAACAAUUACCCGAUUUACGGCAUGGCGUUGUCUCCAAACUCGGUGCAACUGGCCGUCGGCUACGUCUGCCCUCCUGCUGCCAAACCCUCCCGAAUCACCCAAGCGGACACGACGUAUGCGAGGCUGUCGAGCGGCCUAGAGUUUUUUGCCGCCCCAAAUGCCCGCAACGCGACUUUGCUGGCAAACUCACUCGAAGCGCACUCAAGCAUCGACUCGCUUGGUGAUAUCCUCUCGUACUGCCAUGCCGAACUCUCGACAUUCCACGCCAAGCGAGCCGAAGAUGGCGGCAGCGUGUGGUCGGCCGCGGAUGCUAAAGCCUCCAACGAUGACAACGACUUGGGGCAACCGCUGUAUCACUCGUUUUGCUCGAUUCUGGAAGCCAAAUACACCGACCAAUGUCAAGCCGCGGCCUUGUCGUCGGACCCGCCGCCGCCUCCCAUGUACCUGCAAGUGGCGUACCAAGUCGUGGUCAACAUGCCAGGAACGUCGUCGGCCAAGGAAGCAGACGCGGCGAGGCUGCAGCAACGGAUCAUGGCCUACUGGUGUGACAGUGUCCUGCGAUGUCGAGCUAGUACAACCGUCCAUCAGUCGAGGCGCCACACUGGAAAGGCGGCAUUGUCUACGCUGCUCAUGGCCGAUUUUUUGGGCCUCGUGAGUAUUUCACCGGCGAAUCCCCAUCUCGCGGCGUUGGUGACAUCCGUGUACGCUACGUAUGGCACUGCCGGCGACAAGAAGCGCUCGGUGGCAGAAGCACGUCCAGAAGACCUGCCAGUCCGAGAAACCUGUGGCCUGUGCGCGGCGCCCGUGCCGCUCACCGCCCGCGUGUUGGAACCAGUGUGUGAUAAUGGACAUGCAUUGGAGCGAUGCUUUCGCACGCUUGUCGUAAUCGACAGCGCCGCCGCCGUGUUGUGGAAGUGUAUGGUGUGUGAAGCAUUUGCAACCGGACGUGACAAGGAUGACAACGACGAUGAUGGCAAUGGUCAGCCCCAACUUCCCGUGCUCGUGUGUCGACUCUGUGGAAGUUAUUGCCAACGCAUCGAGUAUUAAAACCAAAAUAACCCAAAUUUGGACAUUUGACCUCA